CAGAAAAAAGACAUGAAAAAAUAAAAAUAGAAACAUAACCAGAAAUGUAUUCAAAUUACGAGAAAAGUCGUAAGCUUUCAGUGACCGCUGGCACCAUAUUAGACGAUGUAACAUUUCAGUUCGGGGGCAAAUUUGAGUUGAAUGUAUUAAGGGAACAAUGCAAAAAACUUGACGUGGAAAAAGUCUACAACACUUAUAUGAAACGCUUGCGCAGAAAUCAGUUAUACACAUUCUUAGCUGUGCUGGUGGUCAUCACAACAAUUUACUGCUUAAUGCUGAUGCCAUUUAAAAAGGCAACAAUUGACAUAUGCAUAUACAUCGGGUUUACGUUUGCCGCUGUCGUCAUUUUAUUUUUCAGCGUUUGGAAAAAAUCUAUUGCAAAGAUCACUGGGAUUUCGCAUAUAAAGUUUUUAGGCGUGUUGCUGCUUAGUAUGAUGGAUAUCGCAGUUCCAGUUCUUCACGCUGUCAACCAAUAUGAUACCACCAUACCGUUAUAUUAUAGCUUCAUUAUAUCUUCAAUUUACAUAUUUAUGCCAUUUUCAAAUAAUGUCUUCCCGUUGAUGUUGGGCAUAGUAGUCUCAGUUGCCUAUUUCAUAAUGUUUCAUUUGGUUAUUUAUCGGAUAAAUAUUGAUGGCAAUGAGAAUUUUGAAGAGGAAAAGGUUAUAUCCGAGGUGAUAUUCAUGUCGGCGAUCAAUUUGCUGGGACUAUUUUUCCGACUUCUAUGUGAGUUAGCCAUACGCCGUACGUUCAUCGAUAAGCGCCAAUGCGUUGAGGAGGACCUUUUGCUGCAAGCAGCAAAAACUCAGGAGAAAAUACUUUUGUUGAGUAUGAUACCCGCACAAAUUGCUGAUAAAAUAGAAGAGGAUAUAAUGUUGCGACUCUCACGAUCCACAACGGUACGCCGUAGGUCCAUAUACGCCAGAGAAUCUGAAUUGUUGCAUAGAAAGCUCUUCAUUGAAACCCACAAUGAUGUGACAAUUCUCUAUGCGGACAUGGUCAACUAUACCAAACUAACAACCACUUUGGAUGUGAAGACACUCGUGGAAACACUACAUGAUCUCUACGUUAAAUUCGAUGAUGCGGCACUGGAGUUGGACGUUUUGAGAAUACAGUUUUUGGGUGAUUGUUAUUACUGUGUAGCUAAUGUUUCGAUACCCAAUGAAGAGCAUGCGGCCAGUUGUGUGAAACUUGGUUUACGCAUGAUAAAGGAGAUACAUAGAGAAAGAGAUGCACGACAUCUCGAAAUGGACAUACGCGUUGGCGUGCAUUCAGGCAGCGUUUUUACUGGUGUCAUCGGCGCAAAGAAAUGGAAAUUUGAUAUUUAUUCGAAGGAUGUGGAGAUCGCCAAUCGUCUCGAGAGUACCGGUGUGCCUGGUCGAGUGCAUAUCAGCGAUGACACGUUGGAGCUUUUGAACAAUCAGUUCAAAUAUGAACAGGGAACCGAAAAAGCGCUAACAGAUAAACUGUUACAACUGCAUAGCGUAAAAACGUUUCUAAUUGUGUCGAUGACAGAGACACGUCCUGUGGCUUCAAGUGCCAGUGGUUUAAUUAAUAAACUCUCCCUUCUGCGUAGCUCAUCGAUGAGUUCUUUUCAGGAUCUGAAGUCAGUUUAUUCGGUUGAUGUAAUACAGAAGAUGGUGAAUUUAGAAAUGCGCCGAGAGAGCAUUACAAUACCGGUCGAAACUUUACAAAGUUAUAUUUCCAUAUCUAUUUCCAGGCUUCACAGAAUUUUUUUCGGCAAAACGCAACAUCUCUCUCGUUUCGAGCGCGAAGAGCACAAUUUUCGUGUGAAUUUCUCUUGGUUGUUUAUGUGCUUCAAGAAUUGGCGAUGGGAACACAACUACCUAAUACAGCCGGAUGUGCAACUCAAAUAUAGUGUGCUGGUGUCGUAUAUUGUUAUGUUGAGUACAAUUGCAAUACAGACCAUUACAGCGCCGCAAAGCAUUUUGUUUUGGAUUUUGGUAUUAGUCGGCAAUAUUUGCAUGUUACUCAUUUUAUGCUUGGUUUGGUAUAAGAGAAUCUGGGAGAUGUGUCGCAAGGAGUGGUUUCACAUAAGACCUCGAAAUAAAUUCGGCAGAUGGAUGUAUUGGGUAUCGGAAGCCUCGCAGAAGGAGCUGUCCAUACGUAUUUCUAUAUAUCUGGGCAUUUUAGCGCUGCAAUUGUGCUAUACGCUAAUUAACAUGUUAGAUUGUAAUCGCUUCCAAGUUGAGAACGAGGAGAUCGAAGUGCUGCUUUUUGAUGAUGGCACCAAAAACACCUUGUGCUUUGAUACGUGGGCCGUUACUGAGUGCAUUGUAAUGAGUUUGCUUAUCAGUUUCUUAUUUUCCGGCAUAACUUAUAUCAUAAAGAUGUGCGUUGGCCUCAUAAUACUCAUGACCUAUAUUACUAUUAUACUGCUUUUGUAUGAUUUCAUCUACGAGCGUAGCUCUAGUACGAAUAUCAAUAUCCUCCCAGAGUAUACUCAUAUAUUUGUAUCGUGUAUAUCGUUGGUUGCCUUUCACUUGAUUAGUCGCCAGAAAGAGUUCAUUGCCAGAGUGGAUUACUAUUGGAAACGUGAAUUGAAGAAAAAACAGGAAAAUGCCAAAUUAACCAAUGAAACGAUAUCUCGAUUAGUUGGCAACAUUCUACCGACACACAUUGUUGACAUUUAUAUGGACAAUCAGUUGAGCAAUAAACUCUAUUACGAAGAGUACUCGAACGUAGCUGUCCUAUUUGCCACAAUUCUUAAUUUUGACAUCGAAGUUGUGGGUAUGCGUGUUCUGAACGAAAUCAUCUGUGACUUCGAUGGAGUGUUGAGCACAUUUAAGGGUGUGUAUAAAAUUGAAAAAAUUAAAGUCGCCGGCUGGACCUAUAUGGCGGCGUGUGGUCUCAAUACAACCGGGACGGGGCACCGCGGUUCAGUGGAGAGGCAUUCAAGUACAUUCUCAUUCGCUUUAAACUUUCGUCGGGAGAGUGUGGGUGAGUUUGCCGAUAAAGAAAAAGGAUCAGCAAACAAACAGGAGAAUCUAAGUGAACUCUUUGGUGCGGCUCAGGAUUCAGAGAAAGCUUCGGCGACGAGCAUAACACGUCGCCGAUCGGUUCGUAUGUUCAACGACGAGGAGGAACCCAUAAUUGAUGAUGAUGUUGUCUUUGUUAUGGCGAGAUUCGGUAUGAGUCUCCUGCGUGCAAUGAGUAAAUUUAACAAGCACAAUUUAUAUAAUGACAAAGACAAUCCAGUGAAUGGUGAUCUGCGCAUUGGUAUAGCAAAUGGUCCCGUCAUGGCUGGUGUGGUUGGCUUAUAUAAACCACAUUAUGAUAUUUGGGGCAAUGCUGUUAAUAUGGCCUCGCGCAUGGACUCUACUGGUGUGGCGAAUACAAUUCAAGUUACCGAGGAAACGGCAAAUAUACUGAAACAGCAUGAGAUCAAAUGUAGAUACAGAGGCAUAACAAAUGUUAAAGGACGUGGACCCACGCCAACGUAUUUUGUAGAUAUUGAUAAACAUCUGAAAUUUCGACGGACGAGAACUGAUGAAACUGAACCGCAAUCAGAGCUUAGUUAAGGAAUUGACAUUAUAUUUAUAUAUGUAUGUAUAUGUAAAUUCAGUUAUUAUGUUAAGCUAAUGUGAAGUGAAAGAAAAUGAAAUAAACUAAUACGUAAUAA